AGAACAUCACGUACAGACCCAGACUGGCCAGGUGGGCCCUGGGGGGCCUGACGACCACCUCCACCUUUGUGCUGGAGCAGCCCCGCUGCAUCUUCACCGAGGUGCAGGAUAGUGCCGUCAUCUGGCUGGUGGUGGCCGUCCGGACCCCCAAACGGGCCUUUCAGGGCUUCCCCACAAAUGCCAGCGCCUACAUGACCCUCAACACCACCCGCCUCAACUACCCCUGCCCCACAGUCGACCCCUCCGGGGACAUCACGGUGCUGCGCGUCGGCAGCGAGACCAGCUGUGCCAAGGAUGAGUCGAGACCCACCUGCAACGGCCCGCUGCCCGGCCCCGG